UUAGAAGACAUCAAAAACAUGAGUCUGGAUGGUAAGUUAGAAGCUCAUGUAGAGAUUAAGGCUUCAGCUGAAAAGUUCCAUGAAAUAUUCACUCACCAUAUCUCCAACGUUAGCACCGACAAGGUUCAUGGCUGUGACUUACAUGAAGGUGAUUGGGGUACAGUCGGCAGUAUUGUCUACUGGAAUUACUUUCUUGUGUUCUAUUAAGGCAAGAUGGGGAGACGAAAUUGCGUGGCUUAGUUUUAUGUCCUAGAUUUGCUAGUAUUCUAGCUCAGGAACUUUUUCUGCAUGCUAUUAUAUAUAAUACGUAU